UUCUAAUGUGUUAUUAUUGUCUUUAAAUUGACUCAUGUUAGCGUUGCAUUGAUUACAAACGACUUUUAUUGAUCUUGACUUUGCUCUGGUCAAUUUGAAAUAAUUCUCAGACGAUCCAACACAAUUAGCAUGUAAAGGACCUUGGCAGCCAUCACAGUUAACGGUUGGUGAUUUGCCAGCAGCACCACAGUGCAAACAAUUCAUUAUUGUUGAUGUGAGAAGUGAGGGAUUUAUGAGAGUGUGUACACGCAUCGGCUUGCUGCUUGAACGAACUUCCUUAAUAUUUCAAGAAUUUUUGUUAGAAUUAGCACCAAAUGGCCUCAAAAAUUUCCUUGACUCUUCCAAGUGGUCAAAAAAUGCCAGCCCUUGGAAUCGGGACUUUCGAAACCAAAAACGACGAAGAAGUUGAAGCAGCAAUAAAUGUAGCUUUAGAACUGGGAUAUCGUCACAUCGACACGGCUUUCGUUUACCAAAAUGAACGACCUAUUGGUAAAGUUAUCAACCAGUGGAUAUCAUCUGGCAAGCUCAAGCGACAGGACUUGUUUAUCACCACCAAGUUACCGCUGAUAGGAGUUCAUCCAGAUCGAGUAGAAAUGUUUAUGAAGAAAUCUUUAGAAAACCUACAACUCGAUUACGUCGACUUGUACUUAAUUCAUUUUCCUGUGGGCUACAAAUAUCAGGAAGGGGGCAGUCACAUGUUUAGUGUAGAAAAUGGAGUAGCUUUAACAGAACCUAAGACAGACCAUGCGGCUAUUUGGAAGAAAAUGGAAGAACAGGUAGAUGCAGGUCGCGCCAAAAGUAUAGGUCUAUCGAACUACAAUAUCUCCCAAAUUACAACUGUUCUGAAAUCAGCGAGAAUAAGACCCGCUAACCUCCAAGUAGAAAUACACGUUUAUUUACAGCAACGUAAUUUGCUUGAAUUUUGUAAGAAAAAUGGUAUCACCGUUGUCGCUUACAGUCCUUUGGCAAAUCCAGGUUUCAACAAAUUUUUGGAAAAAAUGGGUAGCAAAACUAGACAACUACCUGAUAUACUUAGUGAUCCAGUAAUAGCAAAAAUUGCCCAAAAACAUAAAAAAACCGUCGCACAAGUGGCUUUAAGAUUUCUUUUGCAAAUAGGUGUUGCUGCAAUUCCCAAAAGUGUUACACCCAAAAGGAUUGAAGAAAAUAUAAGUAUUUUUGAUUUUAACUUAGAUGAAAAAGAUAUGAAGGCGUUGUAUGAUUUGGAAGUAGGAGAACCUGCGCGUAUCGCAGAUUUUAAAGUUAUUCCAGGAGUGGAGAAACAUCCAGAUUAUCCGAUGAAAUAAAAUAGGAGUCAAUAAAAGUGUUUUUAAUUUUC